AUGGACUUCAAUUGUGAAUUUCUGCAGGCAGUUAGUUGCUUUGAGAAACAUGAAUCUCUGGAACAAAAACGAGAAGAACUUGAACAAAAAAGACGAGAAGCAGAAGCUCAAGCAACGAAUGAAUACACUUCUAAUCAAAUAAAUAGUACAUAUUAA